ACGUGAUUUAUUUAAAGUGGGAGUGUAAAGAUGGCAGCCAAUGUCAGCAAAUUAAACAUGGCUCGAUUAAGAAGUUCAGUGUUUUCAGUGUUCCAGUUAGAUCUCCUCCGUGAAUUACUCUGCGUCCUGGUGGCUUUUUGUGUUCUGACGCAGCAGUCGCUGGCAGACCAGCAGGAGUUUUCCGAGGACUUUCUGAAGCGGGAGUAUUCUCUGGUGAAACCGUAUCGAGGACUGGGCUUCUCCAGCUCCUCCCAGUGGGAUCUGAUGGGAACGGCCAUGGUGACCCCUGACCAUGUGAGGCUGACCCCAGACCAGCAGAGCAGACAGGGAGCGGUGUGGAGCCGGAUCCCGUUCGUCUUGAGGGAUUGGGAACUUAGAGUUCACUUUAAAAUCCAUGGCAUCGGGAAGAAAAACCUAAACGGAGACGGACUUGCCAUCUGGCUAACCAGAGAUCGCAUGCAGAACGGUCCUGUUUUCGGCAACAUGAACCAGUUUGUUGGACUUGGAAUAUUUGUGGACACUUACCCAAACACAGAUAAGACCCACGAUAGGACCUUUCCGUACGUCUCAGUGAUGCUGGGAAACGGAACCCUGACGUACGACCACGACCGUGACGGGCGGACCACCGAGCUCGGAGGAUGCACAGCCAUGACGCGCAAUUCCAUUUAUGACACCUUCCUGCUGGUCAGAUACUCUAAAAACAAGUUGACGCUCAUGGUGGAUGUGGAUGGGAAACAGGAAUGGAGAGACUGUGCUGAAGUCAGUGGGCUGAGGCUUCCCAAUGGAUACUACCUGGGUGCCUCCUCUGCUACUGGAGAUCUAUCAGAUAACCAUGACAUCAUCUCAAUGAAAGUGUACCAGCUGACUGUAGAGAGGACUCCAGAGGAAGAGGAGGAGGAAGAGGCGAUCACCGUCCCUCGGGUGGACAACAUGUACCAGUUUCAAGUGGACGUGGAGGAGGAGGGGAUGAGUGGGCUGCAGCUGUUCUUCACCCUGCUGUUCUCCAUCCUGGGCCUGUCCGUGCUGGCCGUGGUGGGCAUGGUGCUCUACGGCCGCUGGAAGGAAAACAAGCGCAAACGCUUCUACUGAGAGAGGUGCUGCUUCUCAGAACACAGGUCCUCGGUGCACAUUAGAUCAACUGGAGACCGCUGUGCUGUGACUGGAACUCAGACCGAUGGCCUUCUGGGUCGAAUGUGGAGAGAACAUGAGCGGGAUGGACAGAUAAAUCAGGUGGAUAGUGUUUUUAUAUAUUUUUUUUUAAGUUCUCUGGAGGAUGUGGAGAUCUCAGCAGGUUAUCUGCUGAGUGAGGCUCUGUCCUCACCAACAGGAGGCAACAAAAGAAUCAAGUUUCUGGAAUCAAAUUGCUGCGUGGACUUCACUGACAUCAUGAUAACAGGAGUUUCCCCACCUCUGGGGGAUGCUUUUCAGUCACUUCACAGGUUGCACCUGUAAACAAAGUAAAGAAAUAAAACUCCUGCAUUAUAACAGAAGAAAUUUGGGAAGCUGCUCCAGUUGCAGUCCUGUUAAAGUAGGUAUUGUCUACCUGCAGCUGUUGUCACUGUUAUUUAGUGUCUGAAACUCCUGAAACUCCAAGUGAAGACUAAUCUAACAGCACCAACAGCAGAGCAGACUUUUACAGUCUUAAAAGAACAAUAUAACAAUAACAUCUGGGUUUAUCUAAAUGGACGCCAACAAAUGUUUACCUACUGCCUGCGUUUUUAAUCAGGUAGCAUCUUUACAUCCUCUGUUCUCACUGCCAACAGGAAACUCAUUGGUGAAGCCAGGUCAUGAAAAAAAUCUGAACUAUCCCU